AGUUAUACAUACAUCACUAUAAACAAAUCAUGGAUUGCAGAAUGGAGAGUGCAGAAACUCACAGGAAUAAGUGUGCAGCAUGCUUCAGACAGUUCAACAAACUGGAGCACCUUGUGGAGCACAUGAGGAUCUCAUACCAUUCGGUUCAUGAACCAACCUGUGGCAUUUGCAGGAAACACUGCAGGUCAUUUGAGUCUCUAAGGGAACAUCUUAUAGGUCCAUUGCCAAAGCAGGAAUGCAGAGAUAUGUUUGCCUAUAGAGGGUGCAAGUUUUGCUUGAAAGUCUUUGACAGCCCUAAUUCUCGCAGGAUUCACCAAGAAAAAUGCCAACACUCUGGGACAAAUGCUGGAAUAAUUGGUCGCUUUUCAAACUUGGGACUUCGUGAUAAUUUGGCCAUUAGUGGUGGAGUAAGAGGACCACAAGUAGUUGCAUUAGCAUGUAAAAUGGUUGGUGGUGGCAGUGAUGGCUCACUAGAUCUCUGUGGAAGAGUGUGCUUAAUCGAUGAGCAUGAGAACAUAAUCUUCCAUUCUUAUGUGAAGCCACCAAUUCCUGUCACAAACUACAGGUAUGAGACCACAGGCAUUAGACCAGAAUACCUGAGGGAUGCAAUGCCAAUGAAACAAGUUCAAAGGAGGAUUCAAGACUUUCUUUGCAACGGUGAACCUAUGUGGACAAUUCGAGCAAGAGGAGGAAGAGCAAGGAUUCUUGUGGGCCAUGGUUUGGAUCAUGACCUUGAAUGUCUGCAAAUAGAAUAUCGAACAGAAAAGAUAAGGGACACUGCAAAAUACCCUCCUCUGAUGAAAACGAGCAAACUCAGCAACUCGCUCAAGUACUUAACACAAACAUAUCUUGGGUAUGACAUUCAAGUUGGAAUUCAGGAUCCUUAUGAUGACUGUGUGGCAACUAUGAGGCUCUACAUGAGAAUGAGAUCCCAAAUACACAGAACACAGGAUUACCCUUUGGUGUCUGACCCACAGAACAGGAACAAUUUUGCUUCGUGGAGGCAAAGUGAGCUUGAAAGAAUGACUCCUGAACAAAUGCUGGAAAUAUCAAGAUCUGACUACUAUUGCUGGUGCUUGGAUUCCUUGUAUCCCUGAAUAUGAGGAAGCAAGUACACAAAAUCAGAACCUCAUAUGAACCACAGGGAAUUGGUGAACACAAUACCCAUUCAACCGAUAUACAUCAAUAACUACGUACUAAAAGUAACAAUAAAGUGCACCAAAGUUGUAUCUUUCUACUAGUUAAUAAUACGCCACUUAAGCAGAAGCUAGCCUUACACUGCUGUCAUAGUGCUAGCACCUUAGAGGCAUUGAUGUUAUGCAUGAAUAUACUUUAUUAAUACAAAGAAUAAUAGAGCUUUCA